AUGCUCUACCCUUAUUUAUCAUCAUCGACGAAAAUCACAAUGGCCACAACUACCGUUCAAGUCACGGAGCCGAGAACUCUCUCCGUCUGUGGACAGCGGACUUUCCCGUCCAUUAUUGACGAGAGGGCUGCUUACGAGCCUAACCUGACGUGUUUCUCAACGCCAUACACGUCGGAGCCCCGGGAUGGGUGGAGAGUUGUCACCUACAGAGAUUUUGCGAAUGCUAUCAACUACAUCGCGCACUUCCUUCUAGACAACUGCGGAGUUCCUGCGCCAAACACGUUUCCGACAAUUGCCUACAUUGGCCCAAAUGAUGCAAGAUACUGCAUCAUGACCGUUGCCUGCAUCAAGGCAGGAUACAAGGCCCUAUUCGUGUCUCCUAGAAACCCUCUCGAGGCACAGUUGAAUCUGUUCAAGCUAUCUGACUGCCGACUGGUGGUGCGUCCGCCAUCACACCAGUCUGUUGUCGAAUUCUGGGUAAAACACUGGGACAUGAAGCAGAUCGAGAUCGAGCCUCUGCACGAUAUUCUCUCCAAGCCCCAAGUACCAAACAUACCAUACACAAAAACCGCUGCAGAGGCAGAGUGGGAUCCUUUCCUUGUCCUCCACACCAGCGGUAGCACAGGUCUCCCAAAGCCUAUUGUCACCAAGCAUGGCUCCAUCGCCUUGACGGAUGCGCAGCACCAGUUCCCGGAAUGGAAUGGCACGAUCCCCAUCGCGCGGGCAAUGGAGUCGCUGGCGGACGUACACUUCAGUCCCAGUGAGUACCAUGAGUGCACCAUCGAUUACCAUUCACAGAAGCUUACACGUUCAGUGCCAUUAUUCCACGCCGGAGGCGUCUAUGGGUUCAUUGGGACUGCAGUUCUCAGCAACAAGCCCAUCAUCUUCCCGUUCCCUGACCGCCCACUUACACCUGAUCUUACCAUAGAGAUUCUCAAAGCGACGGGUGCGAAGAGCGCGGCGCUACCUCCAUCUCUACUCGAGGAGAUGGUCCAUCGUCCAGACCAAAUUGAGGUACUGAAGAAGCUUAACUUUGUUGGCUUCGGUGGAGGUCCCCUCAACAAGGAGGCCGGUGACACUCUAUAUAGGAACGGUGUCAAGUUGCUCAACAUUAUUGGUGCUACUGAGACUCUGCCAUUCUGCAUCUAUUAUCAAAAGAACUCGGCACUGUGGCAGUACUUCAUUUACAAUGAGGAGCUUUCCGGCGUCGAGUUCCGAAAGGCCACAUCUGACGAGGACGUUUACGAGAUGGUGAUCACCAGAAAGUCGAAGCAGAUCCCGAUCCAGGGCAUCUUCUACACGUUCCCCGACAGAGAGGAGUAUGCCACGAGCGACUUAUACAAGCCUCACCCGACACUGCCGCACCAUUGGAAGUUUCACGGCCGUGCAGACAACAUCAUCAAUCUUUCCAACGGGGAGAAGCUCAACCCCGUGAGAAUGGAAGACAUCAUUGCCGGAAACCCCGCGGUGAAAGCUGCCCUCAUAGUAGGAGCACAGAAGUUCCAGCCAGCUUUAAUCGUAGAGCCCUUUGUGCAGCCAAAGACGGACGAAGAGAUUGACGACUUGAUUGACCGCAUCAUGCCGCAAGUUGCCGAGGCUAAUGAGACAAUUGCUACGCACGGUCGGAUCGUUCGGCACUUGAUCACUGUGUCCAAUCCCGAGAAGCCGUUCCUGAUGGCGGACAAGGGCACCCUCAAGAGAUCGGCGACAAUCAAGCUUUACGCCGAUGAGAUCGAAGAGCUCUACGCUAAUCCGAGAGAGGUUCCCCUCUCGAAGGUGCCGCGCCUCGAUCUGAGCUCCCAGGCCGCGCUUAGCAAGUCCAUCGAGAAGCUCCUCCGCGAGCACCUCGGCGUCCCCCACUUGGAGUCUGACACUGAUUUCUUCGCUGCGGGCAUGGACUCGUUGCAAAUCAUUGCUGCUGCACGUUUCAUUACUGCCAGUCUGCGCGCUACGAAUAAGCAUUACAGUGAUACGACUAUUGAGGCUCGCGAUAUGUAUACUCACGUUAGUCCUCACCAGCUAGCUGGUCACAUUUUGCGAUCUGGACAGGGCAAGGCCAAUGGUAGUACUGCGAGUGAAAGCGAGAAUCACCAAGCAAUGGACAGGCUAUACCAGAAGAUUCGGCAGAACCUGAUUCACGCCAAAACUGGACGCCCUGAGCCAGCAAAGGAGCAGCAGACUGUCAUUCUCACCGGAUCCACCGGAAACAUGGGAUGCUACCUGCUCGAUGAGUUGAUUCGCAACCCACACGUCAAGAAGGUCAUUUGCUUCAACAGGUCAAUCGACGGUGGUGCCGGAAAGCAGGCCAACGCCAUGAAAGAGCGUGGCCUAGCCAGCCCAGGAGAGAGCGGCAAGGUCGAAUUCUUCCACACCAACUUGUCGCAACCCAACAUGGGGUUGUCGCAAGAGGUCUACUCUCGCCUCCUUAAAGAGGCGGACCGCAUCGUUCACAACGCUUGGGCUGUCAACUUCAACAUGCCCCUCGAUGCGUUUGAGCCGCACAUCAAGGGAUGUCGCAACUUGGCUGACUUUGCUGCCACGGCGGAGAAGCGUGUCGUGCUGGUGUUCGUGUCGACCAUUGGUACCACUAGCAAAUGGGAUGCAAGCCGUGGCCCGGUCCCGGAGAAGUCCCUGCGGGAAUAUGGUAUCUCAGGUCUUGGAUAUGGCCAGAGUAAGCUGAUCUCUAGCAUGGUCCUCGAGGACGCCGCCCAAGUCGGAGACUUCCCUCUGGCUAUCGUUCGCGUUGGUCAGAUUGCUGGGCCCCUUGCUGAUGGCGGCGCUUGGAGCCGCCAAGAGUGGCUGCCCUCCAUUAUCGCGAGCAGUCUUGUUCUCAAGGCGUUGCCGAGACACCUAUCCGGUAUGAACACAACCGCCUGGGUCCCGGUUGAGACAAUGUCGAAAAUGAUCCUGGAUAUCGGCGGCCUGACUGAGGAGUCGAAAGACUACCACGAGGGGUACUUCCACGGCAGCAACCCCUCCAUCACAACAUUUGAUAAGCUGGUCCCGGCUAUCCAGCAAUAUUACGGAAGGAAUCAACUUCCUGACCUCAUCCCCUUCAAGGAAUGGGUAGAGAGAUUAGAAGCAAGUCGUACUGCACCCGGAGCGCUUGGCGCUGAUCGAAACCCAGGCUUAAAGCUGGUCGACUUCUAUCGAGGCGCUGCUUCUGCGGGAGAAAAUAUACCGAACACGAGGACACACGAUACUACGAGAACUGUAACUUGCAGUCCUGCGCUCCGCUCGGUUGGACCUGUGACGCCGGAGUUGAUGGCUCAUUGGUGUAGACAGUGGAAAUUUGAGAGCCCUUCGGCUCGUGUCGGUCGUUUGUAG